CCUUGGGGGAGCAAGCAUGGCAGCACCAGGAAGCCAAGGGGUCUCGGCUGGGCCCCUCCGCCUGGGUCUGGGGCUGCUGAUCCUGCUGGGUGCUGAGCUCGGGCGAGGAGAGGACAUCCUGUCGCAGGUGGCCUUCGUCCAGAGGACCCUCGAGGACCCCAAGGGCCCCGGGGAGUUCAUGUUCGAGUUUGACGACGACGAGAUCUUCCACGUGGACCUGGAGAAGAAGGAGACCAUCUGGAGGCUGCCAGACUUCAAGGAGUUCACCAGCUUCCAGGCCGAGGGUGCCCAGGGCAACAUCGCCGUCCUGCGCUCCAACCUGGACAUCCUCAUGAAGCGCUCCAACAACACCCCUGCCGAGAACGUUCCUCCGAAGGCGACGGUGUACCCACAGAAGCCGGCGGAGCUGGGGGAGCCCAACGUCCUGAUCUGCCUGGUGGGCGACUUCUCUCCCCCCGUGGUGAACAUCACGUGGCUGAAGAACGGGCAGGUGGUGACGGAGAGGGUGGAAGAGACGGAUUUCUACCCCAACAAGGACAACUCCUUCCGGAAGUUCUCCUACCUGACCUUCAUCCCCGCCAGGGACGACGUUUACUUCUGCCAAGUGGAACACUGGGGGCUGGAGCAGCCCCUCGUCAAGGAAUGGAACCCCAACAUGCCGGAGCCCCUCCCGGAGACAACGGAGAACGCGGUGUGUGGCCUGGGCCUGGCCGUGGGCAUCGUGGGCAUCAUUGUGGGCACCGUCCUCAUCUUUAAGAGCCGGCAGAUGAACGGAGGCAGAUACCGCCCGGGGCCCCUGUAAAGGAGGCGCAGGGCUCCAGUUCCGCCCCACGAGAUCCGCUCCUGCCUUCGUGUGAACUUCCAGGAUCCCUCCUCGCCAACCAACGCUGCUCCUUCCUUGGCAACGCUUUCCCCCUCCUUGAUCCGCUUGGAGAAUUUUGGGGGGGGAGUCACUUUGCUGGCGCUCUCUGAUUCCCCGCAAACCGAGUCCCUGGUCUCUCUCUCCCCAAACCUGUGUUCACCUUGCAAUGGGCCAGCAGGGCAGACGAUGGCCCCUCAGGGGACCCAAACAGGGUGUGCCCAGAGUGAUGCCCCAAGGACAGCCCCCCCCGGGGGGUGCGAAUUCCAGCCCCGUCGGGGACAAAGCAGCAUUUUCCUGAUUAGUUUGGCAGUAAAGCAAGACCCUGUUCUUUGAUUUCCCAAAUGGGCUCCACUCUGGCAUCUCUCCCCAAGAGGGAAGGGAGAAGUCGAUUCCCUCCAGGAAGCCGUGGAGGUGGACGGGGCCUGAGACGCCGCCUGUCUCCUCUUGCUGCCUGUGGGCUCUCUGAGGAGGCCCCGUUCCUCGUCCCCGAGAAACUCAGCAAAGAUCCUGGGGUGGCCCUAGGGUGGAGCAUUUAGGCCACUGCUUCCUGCCUCUCCAGGGGUUUGUUGAGCCUGCUCUGGCUAUUCGAAGCAAAGCCGCAAUGGAAUCAGUUACCUAGGGAGGUUGUGGGCUCUUCCACACUAGAGGCAUUCAAGAGGCAGCUGGACAACCAUCGGUCAGGGAUGCUUUAGGAUGGAUUCCUGCAUUGAGCAGGGGGUUGGACUCGAUGGCCUUGUAGGCCCCUUCCAACUCUGCUAUUCUAUGAUUCUAUGACUUGGAAGUAGCCUCAGAGAUCAUAUAGCCCACCCCCCUGAUCAGUUAUAGCAUCCGGCUGGACAUCAGGAAAAAAAUCCUGACUGUUUGAGUGGUACAACAAUAGAAUCCAUGACCUAGGGAGGCUGUGGGCUCUCCCACACUAGAGGCCUUCAAGAGGCAGCUGGGCAGCCAUCUGUCAGGGAUGCUUUAGGGUGGAUUCCUGCAUUGAGCAGCGGGGGUUGGACUCAAUGGCCUUUAGAGGACCCUUCCAACUCUACUAUUCUAGGAUUCUAUGAUCCCCGACAAAUGGCUAUCCAGCCUCUGCUUAAAGGCCUCCAAUGAAGGGGAUCCCACCACCUUCCAAAGAUGUCUGUUCCACACAGCUGGACCAUGGUUAGGAUGCAUCUCCUGCUGUUUAGCUGAAAUCCUUGCAAUUUGCACCCGUUGGUCCUAAUCCUGCCUUCUGGAACGACAGAGAACAAACCCGCUCCGUCUCCUGUAUGGCUGCCUGUCAGAUCUUCAGAGAUGGCGAUCACGUCUCCCCUUCAUCUCCUCUUCUCCAAGCUGGACAUGCCCAGUUCUUCAGCCUUUCCUCGUAGAACUUGUUUCCUGUAAUGUUGAACAUCUUCAUUGCCCUCCUCUAAACCGAGCCCAAUUCCUUUAUAUUCUUCUUAAAGUGUGGCACCCAGAACUGAGCAUAGUACAGCAGAUGAAAUUUGACCAGUGCAGAAAGAUCAGGAUAGGCUUCUGCGAAAUGCACCCUAAGAUGGCUUUUUUAACAGCUGCAUCACGCUGUGGGCUCAUUCAUUACAAUGCUAAGCAAUAUGAGGUCUGCUGGCAGCAAAACCCCUCCUCCAGGCUUCCUCUCAGGGAAAUCACUCAUAGCAAGUUCUUCUUUGGUCAGUGGUUGAUAAAGGGCGCUUCCAGACAGAGAACUCCGAGCGCUACGUAUUAGAAGGCACUGUGCAACUAUCCUGUCUUUUACUCCUUAAUUGGUUUUCUGCAGUAAGAGAAAAGAUGGAGGAAGUGGUAGGUGAACACAGGAGGGUCCCAAGUGGAAGACGGUGACAUCUGCACGCCUGUAAAGUCUUGUGACUGAGGCAGGACAAUGGCAUCAUAAAAGCCUCCUCUGAAAACACCCCAAGAAGAACUGGGUUUGCAUGUGCUGGGAGAGGGUCUUUGAUUUUGCAUUGUAACCAUAUUUCCUGUGGGGUCUCGUAUGUCGUGCCCACCUCUCGCAUACUUUCAUGUUGUCACCUUACUGAAGUUUAAAUAAAUUAGAUUGUGCUUGUCUGAA